UCUUUUAGGAUCUUCAAGCUACAUUUCUGACUCGUAGAUAUAGAUAAAGUCGCUCUAAAAGUCGAACACUUAUAACAAACCUUCCAGACAGCAAGCAGCAAUUAUCUCGAAAAGAAAGGUUUGAAAUUGAAGUUGUACAAAGUGCAUGCUCAAUAGUCGCUAUUCGCGCAAAUCAAGUGGAAGUCAAAAGGUCGGCGCUGCGUUCACUAGCAACCGCUAAUAUGUCUCUACAGAAGAAAAAGCGUUCUCGCAGCAACAGCUUGCCAGUGAACAAUUUCUUUAGGCAUGUUGAAGGAAGCCCCCAAGAAGAUGAAAGUGGUAAGCACUACUACCACCGAACCAGAAGUCUCGCCGAAAAUGUCAACAGUUUGACUGAGGCUGAGGAAGAGUCACGUAAAGUGCGCAUGCUCCCGCACGUCAGAAUUGAGAACAUGGCGUCAAGUAGAAUUGUUCCUGUGGUGCUCUGGGGUCCAACACCACCAACUCAUUCAAUUAGCAGUCUUCUAGUGGCCAAAGACGAGAAAUGUAUUAUAACUGGCUCGAAGGAAGGGCAGCUAUGCCUUUGGGAUUUGGUGCGUGGAAACGGAAAUGAAAUACAGAUAUUUCCCUGCCAAUUGUUGUACGGGCAUAGCUCUGCCAUUACAGCAUUGGCAGAUUGUGUCAACGGUCCAGACAACUAUGCUCUCGUCAGUGCUACAAAGUGUGGGCAAAUCUUCGUGUGGGACAUACACGAUGGCACAUGUCUGCAUUCACGGGUGAUACCGGGCCACCAUCAUGCCCACGUCGAGGUGUUCCAGCCGUCGGGUCGGCCAGACCUGGCGCCGCGCCUCCUUGUCCAGGGCUACUACAGUGACCUGUUCGUGCUGGACCUGAGCUCCUUCGACAUCCUCUUCCUUCUCCGUCAGAAAGUCAGCCCAUCCUGGGUUACUGCUAUGGCGGUGGUGGAGAACACCACGGCACAGACCAUGUCCUUCCUGGGCCUGAAUGAAGAUGGCUACAUGAAGGUCUGGAACAUGAAGUCAACUGAUGUGCGCUCUGCCGAACCUGUGGAUAACGAGAAGCAGCAUUUUGUCGGGAUAACCAGUGCCGUGAGCCUGUGCACCAACCCGUACGGCAGCGCGAUGGCGCUGGUCGUUGCCCAGGACAGCUGGCAGCUGUUUGACAUCUCCGAAGGUGGCUUCAUGCAGCUGUGCCACGUGGGAAGCGACACGCACUCCGUCGCUCUCACCGGUGGCGCUUUCGUCGACCGUUACCAGGUGUUGGUCUGGUGCUCGGACGGCACGGCCAUCCUGUACCAGCUGACUCGACGCUGCCACACGCAGGUCGAGCUCAAGGAAGACGGAGCCGUGGGAGUGGAACCUGCGCCGCCCGACGCCCCCGAAGCGGCCAUUCGCCUGUGCACGUUCCGGGCUCGCUCCCAGUGCCCCGCUCCGCAGCCGGCGUUCACCUUCUUUGAUCUCUCCAGUAGCGGUAGAAAUCAGCCCAGCCGCCUGUUCUUGGCUGGCAAUUCGAGUGGCCAGAUCAAUGCUUGGUUCCUUCCCGUACGGGAUCACGUCAUGGACCUACUGUGCAAGUACGCGCAGCGGCACAUGCACAGCCCCAGCUCACCCAGCGCCCUCUUGCCCGUACCCACCAGUGCCCUGGAGACUCUGGAGCCAGUCACGUCAUGCCUGCUCAGCGAUGCCUGGACACCGCCUGCACAGCCUCUCGGCCUCGUGGACUUUGUCGGGGCCAAGGAUGCCUUGAAGCUGGCAGCGGCCGCGUCGAGUGGUGGCGACUCGGCAAAAUCCUCUGGUUCGCCACCCGUCACUGCCAGCCUGUUCCUGAAGCAGCAAGGGCGCGUGGUGUGUGGGCGUUCGGACGGCACGAUUGUCAUUGUUACCGCCACGCACGCCGCGGCCAUGCAUUUGCUUCGUGCGACGGGCAAGUGGCGUACCGGCCUGCCGCAUCUGUUGCUCAGCGGGCACUGUGGUGCCGUCACUGCACUCUUGCAUCCCCAUUCAGUCGAUGCGAGCCGAUACGAAGCCGAUCAUCUUAUCUCCGGUGGCGAAGACUUCACAGUUCGCCUGUGGGACGUGAUGAAGGGCACGCUGAUCUUCACGCUCAGCCUGCACGGCGGUGUGGUGCGGCACCUGAUGUGCCUGCCGCCGAGCAGCGCACCGCGCCUGCAGUCCUGCCUCUGCUCGGUGGCCGACGACCACUCGGUGGCGCUGAUCAGCCUGAAGGAGUGCCGGUGCCUGCUGCUGGCCGCGCAGCACAUCUUCCCGGUGGCCGGCAUCCGCUGGCGCCUGCCCGACGACUUCCUGAUCGUUGCCUGCAUUGACGGCACGGUGUACGUGUGGGAGAUCGAGACUGGCCAACUGGAUCGCUGUGUGAACGGCAGUGUGGCCGUGGACGUGCUGUCCGCCAGCAAGGACUACCAUGGCAGUGGCUUGCUGGAUCCAACUGGAGAGCACUCGUCAGCAGCUGUUACCGGGCUGUCCUCGUCCUACCAGUUCAAGGCCGGCAACACCACUGUUCCGACAGCGACUACGUCGCUUUCGUCGUCGCUGCUCGAGAUCAGUGGCUCGCUGCUGGAGGUCAUCGGCCUACAGGCAUCUCGCCGGGAUCCCUUUGGUCACGUUCUGCUGUUUAACUGCACACAGCUGAUCAACCGCCUUGUGCAGGAACAACGACACACUAAACCGGAGUUUGUCUGGCAAAGCGGACUGCUGGAGAAUCCGAAAACGGAAGCGGCCAGCUCGGCUCCAACUUCGAGCACAGCCUCUAGACGCCGGACACAGCAAGCACCGGCCACCCCCGAGCAGCAGCGACCGCCUGGUCCCGCGCCCGGCUCGGCGGACUACUUCAGGCGCUAUCUGGGCGGACGGCGGGCUCUCUCAGCUCAGGCAGGCGGCGGCGGCUCCUCUUCGUCCGCCAGCUCCCGUCCCACGUCGUCAGCCUCGCAAUCGGACCGCCGGACCAGCCAACAGCAGCAGCCGCAGCAACCGCAACAACAACAACAGCAGCAGCCUCCGCCACAGCAACCGCCCGGGCACCAGUCACCGGGUCUAACCUCAAAGGAGAAAAGCAAAACCAAACGGUUAAUCGGCGAGACCAUUUCCAAAUCGAAGACCACCUCUAGAAAAGAUGCGGCUCAGGUGCGAGCAGCCGGAAUGCCCGCGCAGGAAGUUGCGCAUCUCAUGCUGUCGCUGCUGUACACGUGGGGAGUGUCGGACCUAGACGCCUCCGCCAGCGGCAACCUGGGUCUGGUUCAGCCGGCGCGCCCAUUGUCCUACGGGCUCGUAAGCCGCAACGGCUGCCUGGCACUGCUCCUGCCGGGCUGGACAUUCCGCAAUCGCUACUCGAGCCACGCGAGCGCUGGGCACGAACGCUCUGUUGCUAGCCCUGCCAACGCCGCCGGUUGGACAACAGUUGACUCUGACGUAGCGACAACACCAGAUGCUCCGGUAGAGAGGCUGCCCGCUGUCGUGCCCUUGUUGAAGCCGUCGCUUGUUCACUGGCAAGUGUCUUCGGCACUGUCCACACAGCACCUUCUCUGCAUCGUCGCCAUCUCCAACACCCUGAUGACUUUGACGCAGCAAACCGUCACCACUCCGGAUGCCAGCAGCGAUCAAGACGAGGCCAGUGAGGAUGAGGACCGCGGCAACGCGCACAUGGCCGUGAUUAGAGCCGGCUGGAGCCAGGUCGCAGCUCUGCACUGUGUCUUGCUGCACGAUCACCUCGGUGCCAACUACAAGCCGCCGCUGAUGACGGCGCUGGCGAGGCGCUGGCAAGACAGUUGCAUUGAGGUGCGCGAUGCAGCCCAGUCUUUGCUGCAGUCGGAGCUCCGCCGAAUCGGCUCUUCCGGCCGCCAGAAGCUGAUAGCCGACUGGCUGCCGUUCCUGCCGCACAGCCAGGCAUCUGCAGGUGUGCUGCUGAGACCUAGCGGAUCGCAGAGCAGCGGCAGCGAUAGUCGACCCAGCACUCCCCUCACACCGACGCCGAGCGAAGGCAACGUGACGAGCAAGAGCGGCAGCGGCAGCAUGUCGGACGCGUCCAUGACGGGCGUGCGGCAGGGCAUGGACGCCGUGAGGCUGCAGGCCGUGGCCAUGGUGCUGCUGGCACUGGUCUGCUCCGAGUUCACUGCCGACGUCACCUCGAACCGGUCCGCCAGGGGCCCGACGACGUUGGCGGCGAGACGUGGCUCGAGACCGGGCAUGCUGGCAAGCAGCAAGUCGUCGGGCGCAACCUCUUUUUCGACUCGGUCCUUUGAGAACUAUGAAUCUAAUGUCAUCCAGAUGACUGGCAAGGCACUGGAGUACAUGCUACUGGCACCGGCCACCUCGCGAUACCCACUGAACGGGACGACGCGCCGUACAGCGGCGGACUUAAUGGGUCGCGGGUUCAACCUCUGGGCGGCCUAUGUGGAUACACCGGCCGUGAUCUUUUCUCUACUUCGCCUGUUCGGCACGUCGAACCGAAGAGCGACAUCCGCAGAUGGUGGACCGCCGGUCAACAUUGUACGCAACUCGCAGGAGACGCGCGCCACGCUACGCGCCGCGCACCAUGCCCUCUCGCUUCUGGCGUUGAGUCGGCCCGCGGAGUUCAUCUCAACCAUAGCCAAGGAGGUGGCGAUGUACAGUCCAGCCUCUUCCGCUGUUGCUCAGAUGCUGGCCGAGCAUCGCAGUGCCACUGCGUUGGAGGCCAGCGCUCGCGAGCAGUCCACGACCGCUCCCUCGUUACCCGGUCCGUCCGGUGGCGGCAGCGGUGGUGGUGUGACGCUCGGCGGUAGCGGCGGUGGUGUCGAGGGAGACGUCCUGCGCAAGUGCCACGACAAGAUCGUCAAGAUCCUGGAGCUGCUGCUGGAAAAGAUGACCGAGGAUGUGAUCCUACAGCUGCUAGAAGUUGUGGACAUUGCACUGCACUGUAUCGACGAUGAGAAGCUGCGUCAGCAUGGCCUGGCAGCGUCCUUCCCAGGCCUCAGCAAGUUCAACAUGGUCAGCUUCUGCUCCACCACGCGGCGACUGGCCGUCGGUGCUCGUACAGGCCAGAUGGCCAUUUAUGACCUGCGCUCACCGCGCUGUCAGGUGGUGACGGCUCACACGUGCCCGGUGACGGCGCUGGGAUUCUCGCCGGAUGGCCGUCUUCUCGUUACAUACUCGUUUGGCGACAGUAAGAUCAGCUUCUGGCAGAUGACAGGAAGCUUGUUUGGAAUGUUGUCGUCCGGCAUGCGCUGCAUCAAGUCGUUCCCGACCAAUCCCGCUCCACCAUUGCCAGUUCUCGCUCAGCUGAAGACCUUCAGCCUGGUGUGGGUGAACCAGCGCUCCGUCAUUCUGCUCUCAAACCAGAAAGAGCAGAAGUUCUCAGUGUAGGCAGUGUGUACUCGCAGUGUCGUUCUCCACAGACACGCUGUUUGUUUUUUUAAAUCUCGUCUUACAGAUUAUGUGUUGUACAUAGUGUACAGUUGAAGAUAUUGCUGGCUCUUUCUUGCUUCCCUCUCGCUUCGCGUUUAGCACCAUUGUAUUAUUUUACGCUGUUCUUAGUCUGUAUCUUAUUAUCUUUGUAUAUGCUGCUAAGCUUGUUGGCCAUUGGCCGCGAACCUGCAAACCUAUGACGCUCUCUUACUCAAAAUGCUUUAUAAUAUCCGGAUGGCAGUAUUUAUCACGCCGUGGGUUGCCCAGGUUACCAUGAUAUAAUACCGUUAUUCUCUUUGACUCCUUGCACAUUACUGUCCGCUGCUUACAGUGUGGACAUCAUGCUCUGUUUGAGUAUUAGUUUUUGUUGUAUACAUGUGUAUGUAGUAGUUUGAGCUAUUUUCUCGCAUCCCUGAAGUGUUUUAUCGAACCGCGAGUCACGAAUCAAAUAUUUCCUCUUGUAAAUAUGUACACUUUACUACAGUGACCAGGUGACACUAGUCAAGCUUUUUUUUAAACCAAUUGUUGGAACAUGCAUGUACUUGUCAAGUAGUUAUAAUAAUUAGGCUUAUACUGGCACCACGAAUUGCCGAUAGUUGUCUCUGAGUGUUA